AUGCCAGACCCUAUGCAUUUACAAGAAGUUCUGGACUCCAUUGCACGUCGCCACAGAGGCCCAGGAGGCGCCAUUGCCGUCCUCAAAGAAGGCAAACUCCUCGGCCAACGCGUAUGGGGAUUCGCCGACCUCACUAAGCGAAUUCCAUUGACGGCGCAAACGCAACUACCUAUAUGUUCAAUCACCAAACAAUUUGUGUGCGCUUUGCUCUUUGACCUGGAACGCAAUCCACCACCAACUCUGGCCAAUGUGGACAUUCGUGCCAAGUUGUCGGAUCUUUUAGCCGAAAUCUUAGACACAGAUCUUAUCAAAGGCGGCCUGACCAUCGAUCAGCUAUGCAACAUGCAGUCUGGUCUGCGCGAUUACUGGGCCAUGACCACUCUCCUGGGCGCCAAGCCUGAUGAUGAGUUCUUGGUUGAUAGGGAUUGUCCGCCCAUGCUCGAACGGACAAAGUCUUUCCAAUUUGAGCCGGGAACGCAAUUUUCGUAUUGUAAUUUGAAUUUCCAUCUCCUUGCGCGAGUCAUUGAACGCGCAACGGGCGAAUCUUUGGGCAAACUUCUUGAAGAACGCGUCCUUCGUCAGGCCGGUAUGGAAUCUGCAUUCCUGUGCCCGAAUACCGCGAAGCAUCCAGAGCCAUGUGUUGGCUAUGAAGGGAAUGAGACGCACGGGUUUGUACCGGCGGUCAACCGCAUGGAGUGGUCUGGUGAUGCGGGUCUGGUGGCUUCAUUGGAUGAUAUGAUCGCCUAUGAAAAGUAUCUAGACGACUGUAUCACCUCGGGCGAGCCAAACUGGUAUCAAGCCGCUAUCAAUGGGCCAAAAUUCAAGGAUGGCACGUCUGCUACUUACGGUGAUGGGCUGAGUCAUGUAAUGGUAGGCAAUGUGAAGACCGUGGGUCACGGUGGUGCUCUGCGAGGGUUCCGUUUGGACCGUCGGCAUGCGCCGAGCGAGCAGUUGUCCGUCGUUGCUCUAUUGAACAGUGAUGCGGAUGCAUCAGAACUGACUGAUGAGAUCUUGCGAAAGGUUUUGGGUAUUGCUCAGCCGGCGGUGAGUACUAUCAAACCGACCGAGAAGUGGUUCGGGGCCUUCAUUGACCAGCAUACUGGAUUAUCACUUGUUGUGGCCAAGGGCGCGCGAGAGGGAGAGAUUGCGGUUAGCUACGCAGGAGACUCGGAAAAUUUGAAAUUGUCCGCGGAGACGAAUGCGAAGAACACCCACACGCUUGCAACAAUUGAUGGGGACUCGCUGAUCGUGCACCGCGUGAGAGACAACCAAAAGCAGUUCAUUGCCACGCGCAUUGUCCCUGAUGAAUCCAUCCUGAAGGAAACAUCUUUCCAAGGUAUCUACCACUGCAAGGAGAUUGACUCUACUUUCCAUUGCAUUGGCGAGGCGGGAACCCUCUACGGCGCUUUCGAUGGAUAUCUCGGAGAAGGACAUGCAACCCCAAUGAAAUACCUGGGAGGAGAUGUGUGGGUCUUGACUUGUCCUCGUGGACUGGAUGCGCCAGCGCCAGGAGACUGGACUGUGAAUUUCCAUCGAAAUGAAAUGGAUACCGUGAGCGGAUUUACCAUCGGUUGUUGGUUGGCCAGGGGCAUUGAAUAUAUCAAGCGAGAUUGA